AUGGCAUACUAUUUACCAGGCGUGAGUUCCAUCAGCAGAAGUGUGAUCACUGGCAGCUGGACUGUGACCCCAAUGAUGGGGGAGGACGUGGGCAGCCGGCGGGCCCAGGAGCGGGAGAACCUGCGACACAUCAUCCAGCAGUGGAACGCCAAUCGGCUCGACCUGUUUGAGAUCUCCGAGCCUAAUGAGGACCUGGAGUUCCACGGGGUGAUGCGCUUCUACUUCCAAGACUCCGGUCAGAAGGUGGCGACCAAGUGCAUCCGCGUCGGCAGCACGGCCACGGCGCGCCACGUCAUCGAGACCCUGGUGGAGAAGUUCCGGCCGGACAUGCGCAUGCUGUCCAUCCCCGAGUACGCCCUCUACGAGAUACACGAGAACGGAGAUGAGCGCCGGCUGUCAGAGGACGAGAAGCCGCUCUUGGUGCAGCUCAACUGGAAUAAGGAUGAUCGUGAGGGCCGCUUUCUCCUGCGCAGGAUGGACCUCUACAGCAGCACUGGCUUCUUGCAUGAAAGCAACCACUCCUUGGUGCACACCCUGCCGCCGCACCCCACCACACCCGUGCCGUCCAAGGAGCAGCCUUUCCAGCGCAAACUCUCCAAGCGUGAGAAAAAGGAACUCAAGAAGCAGGAGAAGCUGCGACGCGCUAACGAGGCCAAUGAGAAUGACAGCUCAGUGGCGGAGAAACUUUACACAGAGCUCCCGGAGACCAGUUUCACACGCAGCAUCAGCAAUCCUGAGGCGGUGAUGAGACGCAGGCGGGCACAGAAGCUCGAGAAGAAGCUGCAGCAGUUCAGGAGUAAAGAUGGAGGGCCAGACACUGGCGGCACUCUCAAGAUUUAUGGAGAAUCUCUUCGACCAGAUGUGCCUUACAAGACUCUGUUGCUGUCAGUGCGAGACACGGCCCUCAACGUUGUCUCAGAAAUGCUGGACAAGUAUGGUCUGUACAAGGAGGACCCAACCAACUACUGUCUCCUGCAGACUGUGAUAGGCAAUGAUGACGGCUAUAUGGGCCAUGUCCCCCAGAAGGAGUACAUCCUGGACGACGACGAGUGUCCCCUGGCCAUCCUCAUGAACCACCCGCCAUCCAGAGGCCUGGGAGCGCAGAGCUUUAACCACUAA